AAACUUCAAAAAAAUCACUACUUACAAUAUGCCUGGCGGAUUGAAGCAACGCAAGGUUGUAAUUGUGGGCGCUGGCCCAGUGGGCUCCUUAGCGGCCCUCUAUGCCGCCGCCCGAGGUGACAAUGUCGAGCUCUAUGAACUUCGCGGAGAUCUCCGUGAUCCAUCGACCAUUCCUCUAAACUUCACCAAGUCGAUCAACCUCGCAAUAUCAGAGCGUGGGAUCCAUUCCAUGGAGUCGUCGCACCGCCCCGGAUUUGUUCAGCAAAUUCUUCAUGAGGCUAUUCCCAUGCAUGGCCGUAUGAUCCAUGGGCGUGCAAGCAGCGGAAAGCUCUGGGAAGAGGCACAGGCAUAUGAUGUUCAUGGUCGAUACAUCAAUGCGAUAGACCGUGGCACCUUGAAUACAAUUCUUCUGAAUGAGCUUGAGCAGACGCCCAAUGUUAAGCUCUUCUUCAACCACAAGCUGACAGGAGCCGAUUUUAGAAACAAUAAAGCCUGGUUCGAACGGAGAACCCCAGGUGAUACCGUGGGGACAUUCAAGGCGGAUUCUAGCCAGGAUGAUAAAUCUAUCAACGUCACACGAGCUCCGGAGCUCGAGGUCCCGUUUGAUUUGUUGAUCGGUGCUGAUGGUGCACAUUCUGCUACUAGAUUCCACUUGAUGAAAUUCGCGCGAAUGGAUUACCAACAGGAGUAUAUCGAUACCCUGUGGUGCGAAUUCCAGAUCAAACCAUCGGACGACAAUGACUUCCGUAUCUCGCCCAAUCACCUUCAUAUCUGGCCUGGACGCGAAUUCAUGUUCAUCGCACUGCCAUCUCCAGACAAGACCUUCGUUUGCACGCUCUUUGCCCCAUCGGCCCAUUUUUCCGCACUUGAAAAAUCUCCCGACCAACUGUACGAAUUCUUCAAUGUUCAUUUCCCGGGGGUAUCACCGGAGCUUAUCCCUCCGGAAUCCCUGAAAGAGCAGUUCAUGAACAAUCCACAUCUCCCAUUGAUCAGUAUCAAAUGCUCCCCCCACCAUUUCAAUUCGAGCGUCGUCAUCCUAGGCGACGCAUCUCAUGCCGUCCUUCCAUUCUAUGGUCAGGGCCUGAACGCAGGCCUCGAGGAUGUCCGAAUCCUCUUCAAACUUCUCGAUGAAUCCGGCGUGUACUCCCCCGAAAACGCCAACGACCCCGCUCGCAUCAAAGAACUACGCGCAGCCGCAUUAAACGCGUAUACCCGCCAGCGCGUUCCCGACGCGCAUGCCAUCAACGAUCUGUCUCGUCGCAACUACAUUGAGAUGCGCUGGGGCGUCAAAUCAUCCACCUAUCGGAUCCGCAAGGCCAUUGAAGAGGCACUAUAUCGAUACGCACCUGGUCUGGGCUGGUCGACGCAGUAUGCCCGUGUGAGUUUUGGAAAUCAGCGGUAUUCGGAAGUCGAGGAGGCCACCGCGCGGCAAAGUAAAGUGCUGAUUCGCGUCUUGGGCGCAAUGCUUUUCUCGACCGUUGGUCUGGUAGGGAUAUGGAUGUGGAGGUGGCGUCGCAUGAGGUCGUUGGCCACCGUCGUCAUCCAUGGGGCGAUGGGAAUGCUUGGAAAAUAAGCGAGAGGAAGAGAGCGACAGAUUACGCAGAUUACGCGGAUUAGUAGGUGUGAGGCUCCAUGUACUUGGAGGCCUUUCUUUUUAUUUUUUGUAUAAAAUGUUGCGUUUGGAUAAUCUCCUCUCCGUAUAUAAUGACUGAGGUCGCACGAAAUAUAUCUUGAUAUAGAUACGUUUUGAGUAUCCC